CACGUCACUCGCAGUUCAGAGUUGAAAGUCAAUGGCAACAUGGCGGCAUUAACGAGAUACAGAGCGUUCUUUCAGUUUCUCAGACCCCAGAUGAGCGUUAUGGACAGCGGGAGCAUAUCUCAAGAUGUUUUGCAUUCAUUGCAGUACAAUAGGGCGCACUGUGCGCGUCAUGCCUUUUCUGGAGAGACACGAAAAUACAGCUCUGACGUUAAAUCUGGAGAUGACCUGAUCGUUAAAUACUUAGACGGUGAUGACUCAGGGAUUGUUGUUUUUGGGAUCGAUCGACCUAAAGCUAAAAAUGCCAUCAGCAAAAAUCUUGUUAAAAUGAUGUCUGAAGCUGUUGAGUCUGUGAAGAAGAACAGCAAAGUGCGUACUGUUAUCUUAUGCAGUAUUGUUCCUGGAAUAUUCUGUGCAGGUGCAGAUUUAAAAGAAAGAGCAAAGAUGCACCAGAGUGAAGUAGGACCAUUUGUUGCUAAAGCAAGGACCCUAAUAACGGAGCUUGGUAAUCUACCCAUGCCAACAAUUGCAGCCAUUGAUGGGGCAGCUCUUGGAGGAGGUCUUGAGAUGGCACUUGCCUGUGACAUCAGAGUUGCAGCCACCUCUGCUAAGAUGGGACUGGUUGAGACAAAAUUAGCCAUCAUUCCUGGAGCAGGGGGAACCCAGCGUCUGCCACGAACCGUAGGAGUGUCUGUAGCUAAAGAAUUGAUAUUUGCUGCACGGGUGCUGGAUGGUGUGGAAGCUCAGAGUCUUGGUCUGGUGAAUCAUGCUGUGGAGCAAAAUAAGAGUGGAGAUGCUGCAUAUCUACGAGCUCUAGAACUGGCCCGUGAAUUCAACCCUCGGGGACCAAUUGCAAUCAGAAUGGCGAAGCUAGCGAUCAACCAGGGCAUAGAGGUGGAUUUAACGACAGGAUUAGCUAUUGAAGAGGCGUGUUAUGCUCAGGUGAUUCCAACGAAAGACAGACUGGAAGGUUUGGCGGCAUUUAAAGAGAAACGUCUUCCUCGUUAUAAGGGCGAGUAACACUGGCCUAUCAACCACAAUUACAAACUGCUGCCUUCCAAAUUGCCAUCACUGUCAUCAAGGGUUGUAAAGAAUGUUACCUACCUGAAAUAGUUGGAUUAUUGCCAGACCCUUGGGGCUUGAUGAUGGUAAUACCUGUAAGAAUUUGAGCUAAAAUAUAUGAAUAGCAAGCUUUAAAAGUGAAUAAUGUUCCCUUGUCUGUGGGUCAUCAUGUUUCAAAAGCCCAUUUUCAAAGCUUCCUACUUCAAUUAUCUUUGCACAGUACAUAUUUUUUUGUGCUGAUCUUUAACAUUAGCAAGAUCUGAACAUCUUUAUAUUUUUUAUUUGUCAGUACAUAAUAUGAAAAGUUUUUAAUUGUUCACCUCCAUUUGAUUAAAAAAAAUGCAAACUAACAUAAGAUGACAAACAAAUGAUUCUGAUGGAUAUUAUUAUAUUUAUGCCAAGCUUACUACUCAGCCACUGGUUGGGUAGGUGAUUCUAUGAAUCAGCACUAAUAUAAUGUAUAUUAUGUAGUGAUAUGUACACACGUGAAACUUGAGCUUAGAGGUGCAUAGAAAUGACCACUGAACACUGUUUUACAAGGAUUAAAAACUGUUGUAAUGUAAAUGUAGUACAGUAUUUGUAGUUAAUGCAAUAAAACCUUAAAACCUA